ACUCGGGUCACGCAGUCUCUCUCUCUCCCUCCUCGGGGAGGAACUGCCGCGCUCCGGCUGACUCCUCCGCCGGCGGGCGGGGCGGGGGAGGGGGCUUCGGGCGCGCUGGGAACCGCGGGACCCGGACCUGGGCGCCGCCCGCCGGGGGACGCGCGGCCCCCGCUUCCGCCGGGCCCCGCUGAGCUCUAGACAAACCUCCGCUUCAGAAAUAGGCUGCGGGCGGCCGGCUAGGAGGCUUGGCCCCCAUCCCGGGACCCCCGCCGUCCCCGGGCCGGCCGGCCGGUGGGCGCGAUGAGCCAGGUGCUGGGGAAGCCGCAGCCGCAGGACGAGGACGACGCGGAGGAGGAGGAGGAGGAGGAUGAGCUGGUGGGGCUAGCGGACUACGGAGACGGGCCCGACUCCUCCGACGCCGAUCCGGACAGCGGCACAGAGGAGGGAGUUCUGGACUUCAGUGACCCCUUCAGCACUGAAGUGAAGCCGAGAAUCCUGCUCAUGGGCCUGAGGAGAAGCGGCAAGUCGUCUAUUCAGAAAGUUGUCUUUCACAAAAUGUCUCCCAACGAAACUCUGUUCUUGGAGAGCACUAAUAAGAUAUGCCGGGAAGAUGUUUCCAACAGCUCCUUUGUCAAUUUUCAGAUUUGGGACUUCCCAGGACAGAUUGACUUUUUUGACCCUACGUUUGACUAUGAGAUGAUCUUCCGGGGAACAGGAGCACUGAUAUUUGUCAUUGACUCACAGGAUGAUUACAUGGAAGCCCUGGCCAGGCUCCACCUCACGGUGACCAGGGCCUACAAAGUGAAUACCGACAUCAACUUCGAGGUGUUUAUUCAUAAAGUGGAUGGUCUGUCAGAUGACCACAAAAUUGAAACCCAAAGAGAUAUUCACCAGAGGGCAAACGAUGACCUUGCAGAUGCUGGAUUAGAAAAAAUUCACCUCAGCUUUUAUCUGACAAGCAUAUAUGAUCAUUCAAUAUUUGAAGCUUUUAGCAAAGUGGUUCAGAAACUGAUUCCACAACUCCCAACUCUGGAGAAUUUGCUGAACAUCUUUAUCUCAAAUUCUGGAAUUGAAAAGGCAUUUCUAUUUGAUGUGGUCAGUAAAAUUUAUAUUGCAACUGAUAGUACUCCAGUGGAUAUGCAGACCUAUGAGCUCUGCUGUGAUAUGAUAGAUGUGGUUAUUGACAUCUCUUGUAUUUAUGGUCUCAAAGAAGAUGGAGCAGGAACCCCCUAUGACAAGGAAUCCACAGCCAUCAUAAAGCUUAAUAAUACAACCGUGCUUUAUUUAAAAGAGGUGACAAAGUUCCUGGCUCUCGUUUGCUUUGUCAGAGAGGAAAGCUUUGAAAGAAAAGGGCUAAUUGACUAUAAUUUUCAUUGCUUCCGGAAGGCCAUUCAUGAAGUUUUUGAGGUGAGAAUGAAAGUAGUAAAAUCUCGAAAGGUUCAGAAUCGGCUGCAGAAGAAAAAGAGAGCCACUCCUAAUGGGACCCCUAGAGUGCUGCUGUAGGUGAGGUUUCAGGAACGUCUUUUGAAAUCAGAUCUUAUCCAUGAGGGUGCUGCGCCAUGUUGCACUAAAGGAAGAGGAAGAAGGAGAUUGGGACACAUACCAUUGAUUUGUUGUUAAAAAAAAAAAAAUUCCUGCAACCCUCUUGAUCUUCUCUUUUAUAAAUAAAGUAAGCACUUUGAAGCAAAAACUUGUAUAUUAACAGUGAUGUGAAAUCCAUUGUCAUUUCAUUACACAAAUGUAAACUUUUAUGGUCUGUAGUGAAAAAAAUCCCGUGUGAGAACUGCCAGGAACUGUACAUAUUUUGCACUUUUUCAUGUUUCUCAUUGAACUGAACUUUGAUAAAACGACUUUUCUAAGCUUUUUUUCUGUACUUGGUGUCAAGGACAUGCAUACUGUAGUCCAUAUCUAUAUGGCAAUCAGAAAUUAAUCAAAAAGUGAUGCAUUGGUAAUGACUUUUUGUAAAUUUGGAAAUCUUUGCUACCAAUUAUUGAGAAAAAUCAUUUUUCAGUGGAGCUGGAACAGAUUGGAGCUACAAGCUCCAGGAGCAAUAAGAACUGUCCCCUGUUUAUAAUGGGUGUAAACAGUUUUGUAGAAUAAUGUUAGCACCAGACUUAACCUAAAAAUUUCUAUAGCAGUGGCUGUGCUUCCCUGCUCAAUGGUUUUUAUGAAGCUCUUUACCUCAACACACAUCACUAUAAUCACUUUAUACAGAGAGGUUAUUUCUUUUUGUUGCAUUACUAUUCUUUUGGAACUUUGGGACCAGAUUUCCAAAAUGGUGCCGAUCACUGGAGAGAAGUAAGAAUGUCACUGAAUUGCAGGGUUUCUGGAGGCUUUUCUGUACCUGCCACCCAGGGCUAAAGUAACAUCAGAGGCCUAAAGUUGUCCCAAAAGUAUGUGAUUGGCAACUGCAGACCAAAAAACAUAUAUACAAUUCUGGACUUUUGGCCCUGUGCGAUGGUCUGGUGUGCUGCAUUUAAAAUGCUUAUUCAGGACCAGUUCUUUAUUGCUCCAUGACCAUAGUGAAUAGAACAAAUCGCAGAACCCCACCAUGGAGCUCAAUCCUGUUAGUCACUUUUGUCACCUCCACAUCUCCUUCUCACUGGUGAUAACAUGCCUCAUGUACUCCACUUGUUCCCACCUUACGAUUGAGCCAAGCUCAGCCUGCCACCAGCAUGCUCUGCAAGACUGAAGAGUCAUCCUGAAGACCCCUAAAGGUCAGUGGGAAAAGGAUGGCUGGAGAGACAUUACAAUUAGCUGUGUAAUUGUUUCUGUGAAAUUAUUUCACUUAUGUUUACUUUAGACUAACAGGAAAUUAAGAGUCCUAAAUCUACCCCUAUGCCAAAUCAUUCCAAGUAGAUAAUUUUAUGUGCAUCUCAAGGGUUAGCACCCUAAGGCAUGCUUGUGGGGCAUUAGAAAAUGAGAUUUUUUUUUUUUUUAAAGCAGAGCCUCCUAAGAACAUCAAAGUUGGUCCUAGCAAAAUAUAUAAAGUCCCUAAAGCAACUUAUACUUGAAACUUUUUUUUUUUUUUUUUUUUUUUAGAGGGGGGCCUCAUUCUGUUGCUUGUGCUGGAAUACAUCGGUACAAUCAUAGCUCACUGUUACCUCUUGGCCUCAAGGGAUCCUUCCAUCUCAGCCUCCCUAGUAGCUAGAACUACAGGUGUGCACCACCACGCCCGGCUAAUUCUUAAAUUUUGUUUUUGUAGAGACAGGAUCUCACUGUGUUGCCCAAGAUGGUCUCAAACUCCUGGCCCCAAGCAAUCCUCCUGCCUUGGCCUCCUCGAAUGCUGAGAUUACAGGCCUGAGCUACUGUGCCCAGCCUAAACUUUCCCACUUCUCUCUGUGGCUUCUUUCCAACCUCUCUCCUUCCUCUCCCCAAGUCCUGUUUCUUUGAAGCUGGUAACUGAAUUUAAGAUGAUAUCUGGUUGGGGUUUAAGGUUUGAGCCUCCCAAGGGUCUGUGCAUUUUGAAAGGAGAUUUCUAAAAAUAAUUAAGGUGCCCUAACUCCUUUCCUUAUGAUUCCUACUCCGAAACCUGGAUGGUUAGGAGCCCAGGGCUCCCUGAUUUCCAGAGCUAUAUCCUGUUGGACCUUUGCCAACAGACCUGGCACUUAUGGGUUAUUGUUAUAAAUCUAAUUCUCUAAUAUUUUUUACAUGUUUCACUUUGAAUAAGCAAAUGAAGAAUCAGUUUUCUAAUACGACUUUAUCCUCAGGCUAGAGACUGAGGAUAGCCUAUUUGGUAGCUAGAGCUAGCCUAUUUGGUAAAUCAUACAUUACUUAGGUAUAUUUAUUACUAUAACCAGGUGGAGCUUCCAUGUUUAAGCUGGGUAUAUGAUGGAUUUUUGUUAAAAUGUGCCUUAAAAAGCCUAUUACUUCAAGAGCAAAUGAUUCUUUGGGGGAAAGGCAAAAAUAAUUCUAUGACAUAGGGCCCAAGUUCAUGGUAGUAGGUGCACUCUUUGAUUAAUCACACGCUAAUAUAGAUUACUGCCUCUAACUUUGUAAGAGUGGCAAUGAAUGACUUCUUAAAGAAAGAUGCAGGAGUUAUGUCUAAGCGUUCAGUUUUUCAAAUCUGUGUUAUUGGAAAUGUCUUCAAGUCAUUUUGCAUUGUAUUUUUGAUAUGAGAGGCAGCUUAUUGCGAUGUGUAUGGCCAUGUUUAAUUCUCAAAUUUAAUUCUAUAAAUACAAAGCCUAAAUACAUAGCUACAGCAACUGCACUGGGACAUUUCUGCUUGGUUUUAGGGAUUGAGAACUUGCCUUGCAGGUUUCCUUCCUCAAAAGGAGUAGGGCAGUCCUUUGCCUAUUGAGUCAAUUAGAAUUUUUACAUAGAGGUGAGACUGUGAAUUAUUUUGGUUAUUUUCAGUGAUGUAGAUUAGUGUGAAUGACCAGGGUGGAAUGUUUUUGAAGGAAUAUAAAGCAAAAAACGGCUGACAUUCACAAACUGUUCUUUUGUGAACAUAUUUUGGACCCUUAAAUAUGACUCAAAUCACAGCAAUAUUGUUACAUACGGGUUAUAUGCCAACUCUGUUUGAAAUAUACUCUGGAAAAACAGCUGAAUUGUCUUGGUUAUUAAAGUAUGGUAUGCAUUCAACUUGUACAGACUGGAUGUAAUUUGUAAUCAGGUAUAGCUCAUGUUUUACUUUAAGCAGUACAUCACUUAUAACCAUUGUUAAGCCAUUGCUUUCAAGAAUGUUAACUGCCAAUUUAAAAGCAUGUGUCCUGGGUUCAUGCUUUGGUAAAGCUCUCAUUUCAAGUGUAUUCAUAACUAAGCUUUCUGGGAGCAGAAUGGUCUCUUUGGAGAAAAGGAAGUACAGCCUUUCCUGUUUCUGAGGUUGCUUACCAUACAUGUAUGUCACUGUUUCAUUGGCCCUGUUACAUCCAUUUGGUAAAAUUUAUUUGUCCUGAUUAACCAGCUCUCAUUUUAUGGAAAUGAUGAUAAAUCUCACUACUUAAAUUUAAUUUAUGCUUUUAUUUUUAAACUCUCUUACAUCUCCACAUUUUUGACGGGUACAUACCAGUUAGGGCUGUAGAACUGUUACUUCAGUAAACUUCAGAUAUUAACUCUUGCUGCUGUGGCCCUAAUCCCCUAGUCAUAUGGAAAUCCUUUUCCUAACUGUUUACCUUAUCAUUCUUAACUUUGCUUAGUAAGAUUCCAUCCUACAAUGACCUUUUUCAGAUCCCCUAGGAGUUCUCAGAGAGGGGCUAGCAUUAGAUGUUAUAUCUCAAAUAUGAAAUCCUGUUCCUGAUUGGAAAACCUGAUCUGAAAUAAUUAUUUCCAAGAUUUUACAUCAGUAGUGAUGUUGAGCUUAAGAGAAAGAAAAUUUUGUCUUCAACAGAAGUAUUUAGUAGUAAUACUGAUUGAGUACACACAAUAUGCCCCAGGCACUGCUCUGAAGUACUUUUGCAUAACUAAAAUUCAUAAAUCCAAGAGGUGAGUACUGUUACCAUUUCUAUUUUUCAGAUGAGGCAACCAAGGUCAAAAAGAUGAAAUAAUAACUUGCUCAAGAUCAUAUAGCUAGUAAGCCCACUUUCCCAACUACAACUAUAAGCAGCUUCACCAAAUGUUUUUAAAAAAUACCUUCCUUUCACAAAUAUGAAGAGGGGCACUUGGAGGAUUUUUCUGGUGGACUAAGACUACGGGGUGUGCCAUUUGAGGAUGCAAAAGGAGGGCGGUAUUGAGGAGAGUGUGUCAGAGCCCGCCAGAUUCAUUGGAGUUUAUCCACCUAAACUACUAAUUACUACAUGGGCAUGAAUGCUGGCAUAUUGAGAAAGAAGUACCUAUUCUUACAUGAGCUCCCCUGGCAUAUUUAUAGAACCAAUAGGAGCAGUCUUCUAAAUGUACUUCACCCAGAGAAGAAAGUCAAAGAUCAUGCAUUUUUAUUCCUAAUCCAUUAAAUAACUAAUGCUGAAGAUGGUAUUGUCUAAAUAUCUGAAGAAAAUAUAAAUACCUUUUACAGCCAUUUGGUUUUCUAAUAGGCAAUAGUAUAUUUCAAGCUCAGAAAAUUAAGAGAGAAUAAGCCUUUGGUCUUAACUGUAUUCAACUUUUCACCUUGAAAUUUCAAUAUGUGUAAAAAAAUAAAAUACUGAUCUGGAGUAAAAUCCAAAAAGGUAUAUUUCCAUCCUAAUUCUUUUUUGACCUUCAGAUCUAUAUCUUAAAUUGCAAUUAGCAUGCUUUUGCUAGAAUCUUCUAUAGGUGAAGAGCCUCAAAUCUAACAUGUCUAAAAUUGGCUUCCUUCUUGCUAAAUCACCUAUGAUGGUGUGACUUUCCUCCCUGUGGUUCUGCCAGACACUUGGGCCUCAUUCUUGACUCUUCCCUCCCCUCCUGUUCACCUGCAGUCAGUCACUCAGUUCUUUCAGCUCAGCCUUACAAAGGUCUAUUGAAUCUGUUCUCUCCAUCUCCUCUGCCAUUAUCUUGGUUUAGACCACCAUCUCCUUUUCACUUGGAUUUCAGUAGCGUUUUUUUUUUUUUUUUUUUUUUUUUUUUUUUUUUUUUUUUUUUUUGAGAGACAGUCUCAUUCUGUUGCCCAUGCUGGAGUGCAGUGGCAUGAUCCCAGCAUAGCAUAAUCUCAAACUCCUAGGCCCAAGUGAUUCUCCUGCUUCAGCCUCCCAAGUAGCUAGGACUACAGGUGUGCACCACCACACCUGGCUAUUUUUGUUUGUUUGUUUUUUUGUAGAGAUGGAAUGUCGCUAUGUUGCCCAGGCUGGUCUCAAACUCCUGGGCUCAAGUGAUCCUCCCACCUUGGGCUCCCAAAGUGCUUGGAUUAUAGACAUGAGCGACUGCAUCGGACCUUUCAGUAGCUGUUUAACCAGUGUCUCUCUACCCCAUUCAUCCAUCCAUCCAUCCAUCCAUCCAUCCAUCCAUCCAUCCAUCCCAGACCCCGAGUGGCCUCUCUGAACCACCACAAUUCUGACCUUCCUUGCUUCCUGACCUUCUUAAGCUUCCUUGCUUAACACCCUCCAGGUCUGCACCUCUCCAUGACUCCUAGAUAUCAGCCCAAACUCCUUAGCAAAGUUCACAAGACCCUGCUCCCUGGCCUUGCUGCAUCUCCGGACUUGGUUUAUUCUCCCUCAAUGUGUUGAGGACAAGCAUGCCCAAGAGCGUGGGGUAAAUAAAAGGAGCCAUGAGUUUUGAUUCUUUUGUCAAUAAUGAUUGCUAAAUCUCCUAUGAUGGUGUGACUUUCUGAGGGAAAUUAACAAUGUUCUUUUAUCCAACAGAUAUUUAUAGGGUUCCAAUUAUAUUCCAGACUCUGUGCUAGAGAAAUGGCUAAAAGGCAGAUACUGGAGAUGAGAGGAUUUUAAUAUCUAAAAAUAAUGAAAGAUAAACUAAUUUUUGAUAGGUCCUUAUAGAUGUCAGUUUUUAGAACUGCAGUUGUGUAGGACUUUACCACUGUGCGCAGCAGAGGCCAUGGAUAAUAACUAGCAUCCAAGAAAUUGAGUUGUUCAACCAAUAGAUCACUAGCUAUAUUUACUAUUAAUUUAAUGUAAGACUAAAUAGAAGAAGUAGGCUGUAAAUUGGAAAUGUUUAUUGACAUGUAGUGCUUUUCCUUGUAAUUAAGAGGUGAAUUAUCUUAAAAGUAGGAAGUUUUAAAUGUUAUUUUAAUAUUCAUACUUUUCCAGCUUAAUACAUAUAUGACAUCAAUAUCACUUCCAGAAUUAGAUUUAAUAAAAAGUUUAUUUGGUCGAGCGCAGUGGCUCACAUCUGUAAUCCCAGCACUUUGGGAGGCUGAGGUGGGCGGACCAUGAGGUCAGGAGUUCAAGACCAUCCUGGCCAACAUAGUGAAACCCCGUCUCUACUAAAAAUAUACAGAAUUAGCCCGGUGUGGUGGUGUGUGCCUGUAAUCCCAGCUACUCAGGAGGGUGAGGCGGGAGAAUCGUGUGAGCCCAGGAGGCAGAGGUUGCAGUGAGCCGAUAUCGCGCCAUUGCACUCCAGCCCAGGCGACAGUGCGAGACUCCAUCUCAAAAAAAAAAAAAAAAGUUUAUUUUACUUUUCUACCCUUUUCAAUCUGUUCAUACCAGGGAACUAUUAAUAAGAGUGUCGCCUAAGAAUGUUUAUAUUCUCUUAACAUGUCAUGAGGAACAGUAGAAUAUGUGAGAAAAAUCUGAUGGUAAAUGCAGAACUCUUUCACAUCGUUCAGAAUUUUGAAAGGCUAGGUGAUUUUAAAAUGUGUCAUACUUGUCCUAGAGGUCCUCAAAAGACCUACUUUUAUCGUAAAUUACAGUUAAGUUCAGGCAGUGAUCUUAUUUUAGUUGUAUCAUCAGUAUUUUGCAAUAGUCCUGGGAAAGUGAAAAUAUGAGCUCUAGUAGUCUCGUUCACGAUUUUGAGAUACCAAUUUGAAGUAUCAUAUUAUUCCAAGAAACAACUUAAUUCCACGAUUUAAAAAAAAAAAAUCCACAACAACAUUGUUAAGAACAGUGCAACAAAUAUUUACAAGUCAAUAGUCUUUUCUUUGUAGAAUAUUACAUUUAUGGUUUCAAUAAAUGAUUUAGCAGUUAAAGCUGAGAUGAAGUGUGGUUCUCAUAUUCAAUCUUGAAAAACUAAACCAUCUUUAAAAAGCAGAACAUCCAUGUGAACUCAUGCCUGAAGCCAUGUUUGAACGCUAGGUAAAAUUGCCCUGGGACAGAACUGUAGUUCACCUUUAUGAAAUCCAUUUUAAACUUGUUAUUGUGAGCCACAAUAAAUACAGUUCAUGUUGCAAACUAUCACACACUCAUACAAAUGUUACUAAAAAAAACUUACCAAGUUAUAUCCUCUCUACAUGCAAUACAUUCUGGUACUUUCUCUUUCAUUUGCUUUUUUAAAAAGGUCUCACAAUCCACUAAUGAGUCACAACCUGUGGUUUGUAAAGCAGUGUUAGAAUGAACCCAUUGGCCACAUCAGAAAUAUCUAAGGAUUUUCUUUCCAACCUAAAAUCUUUUCCUUCUCUGUUAAUUAAGAGAUCUUAACAAAUGGGAAAUUCUGAGUAAGUUCCUGAAUUUUUCUUUCAUUUGAUCACGGCUUUCUAGUGUUUACUAGAGUGGUUUUUCUUUUCACUGCCAUCCUUGGGUAUUUUUGUAUGCUGGGUUGUAUUAGGGGUGAACGGUUGAUGGGGUUGUAGGCCUGAGAGGAUCAUUUUUAUUACAGACUCUAUCCUUGACUAUAAUAUGAUAGCGUUACAUGGAGUUUAGUGACUCAUGAGCUCAUGGCUGACUCCUAAGGGGUCCUUUGUUAAUUCAGAUGACAUUGGUCUUAUCCGUUAUCAAGAAUCCAUGAGUUUGGCCGGGUGCGGUGGUUCAUGCCUGUAAUCCUAGUACUUUGGGAGGCCAAGGCGGGCAGAUCACAAAGUCAGGAGUUCAAGACCAGCCUGACCAACAUGGUGAAACCCCGUCUCUACUAAAAAUACAAAAAUUAGCCAGGUGUGGUGGCACGCACCUAUAAUCCCAGCCACUCAGGAGGUUGAGGCAAGAGAUUUGCUUGAAUCUGGGAAGCAGAGGUUGCAGUGAGCCGAGAUCGUGCCACUGCACCCCAGCCUGGGUGACAGAGCGAGACUCCGUCUCAAAAAAAAAAAAGAAUCCAUGAGUUUGCCCUUUUGUGCUAUUUUGAAAGGGAGCUGAUCCAGUGACUACAUUCAGGAGGGCUGGGGCAUUAACUGGUGUCCAGCUGCCUGAGACCUUGACCAUCUUGCUUCCUCAAUCUUUACUAAUAAGCUCCUGGGGCCAGCAGGGUUAUUCUAUUCUUCCAAAAUUGAGAGUCAUGAAACCAAGCCCCCUCUCAUGAAAGGCCAACUAUGACAGAGCAAUUUAAACCUCAGUCCCAUGCUAACCCUCAUCACCACGUGGAGAUGGAAUGGAGAAUUCCAUUCCUACAAGCUGCUUUUGUUUGCCUCCUGCUUUCAUUAUUGCCUAAGUUCCUAAAAGGGCUGCUACUCAGUCUUCUCCCCUCUGGCUUUGCAGAGAGCUAAGCCUCGUAGUACUCAACUUUCCUCACCUAGAUAGCCAAUAACCCGGAACUAAUUCUGGCCUUCUCCCAGACCGCUUAUAAGGUGGCCUUGGUAAUUAGGCUUUUGUUUCUUUUCCCUGGGAAGCAGUGCAGUAAAGGGGGUGACUGCGGGAGACCAGUCCUGUGUAUCUUUCCAUCUCCGUAGGAGAGGAAGGAAUUCACUUAGCUUUAUAAGGUGCAAGAAAUGGUGCCACCAAUCACAUAGUACUGUUUCAUUUAAUGCUCUAGGCCCAUAUUUUCCAAAGUUACCUGAUUUUAUGAAUCAUCUAGAGUGCUUAAGGAUGCAGAUUCCCAGCCCCAUCCCGGUCUUCUUCAAUCAGAAUCUCCAGGGAGAAAUACAGAAAUCUGUAUUUUUAAAUAAGGACCCUAGACAAUUCUCAUAAUUUGUGAGACACUGUUUUCUCUGUAGUUGUUUAAAGGGAUAGGGAGGGGAGAUGGUAGGGGAUUAGGGUUGCAAUCACCUAGGGGAGCUUUCUUGCAUCCUCCAUACCUACAUACACAUCAAUACCCCAAGUGUUAACAUUUUUUCCAACUUGAUUAUGCAGCUUUAAGAGUUUACAUUAUUUAACCUAUAUUUCAAAUGUAAACUUUUGUGAAUGUAAAUAAUUUUAAGUCUAUUUAAACCAUUUAUUGAUUCAGUAUUUAAAUACUCAUUUACAUCUAAUAUCACAAAUUAUGCAAAUGGUACUAAUUUAGAAAAAUUGGUUUUUCCUCAAACAAUUUUAUUCAAAUACUUCACAUGCAUCGUUUACAACUGGGUCUUUAUCAUCACUGAAACAACAUUGUGAGUCCUCUAACAGUUCCCUCCUAGUUAUCUAAGGUAGAGCAUGCCUCACAUUGAGUAGAAUGCUGUCAGUGGAGAUUUUACUACGUCUCAAGAACCAUUUGUUAAACAUCAGGGUUUUUUUCCUACGUAUUCAUAAUCACCAUAAAUAAGUACUUCUUGUAUUUCUCUGUUCAAUAAUUAUUUAAAAGCCUACUUAAUGAUCUCCAAUACUUGUUAUCCAAAGUCACACCCUCAGGAAUAAUUAAUCAAUAUGUCUUUGCCUUUUUCCCCUGAUUUUGCUAGGUGACCUUUAUAAGACAGAAAAUUGCCAUUACUUGUGGCCCUUUCACGUCAUAUUGUCUUCCUGAAGAGUAUUUUGUUCAAAAAGGACAAAGACAAAAACACAAGGUGACUCUCUUUUCUGAGGAAUUAUAUUUUUGGAAAAAUUUUGCUUUCCAUUCUGCAUAUAUGGUAUAUAUUACUAUUUAAUAGCAUCCGUACCCACCCCCUUUUUUUGUGUAGAGACAGGGUCUCACCAUGUUAGCCAGGCUGGUCUUGAAUUUCUGGCCUCAAGCGAUCCUCCCACCUCCACCUCCCAAAGUUUUGGGAUUACAGGUGUCAGCCAUUGCGCCCAGCCAGCAUCUGUACCUAAACCCAACUUGAAUUCCCCAGAGAAGUUAAACUGGCUCCAGUAUUUUCUCACAAGAUGCUAGAAGGCAGAUUGUGGCAUACCUAUACCUUCUGGUUGGUUAGUGCUGAAAAAAGUACAGGACUACUUUUGAGAAGUUGACGAUGUGGUUAUCAUUCAAAGUUUGCCUAUAAUUGUAACUUGGGUUUUAAUGGGAAGCAGUGUAGUACUGAUUGUUCUGAAGACAAUAAUAUUGUCAAAAUGCCCCGUGGCUGCAGAAUUACUGUAAGAAUUUCAUAAAUCAUGUAUAUGCUGAGCAUUGUCUGGAGACUGAAGAAUGUUUCUCAUAUCUAUGACAAUAUUUUUUGGAAGUUUGUAGAUGCUAUAAUCGUGAAUAAAAUACAAAUUUGUUUAAAAGUA